AUGGAUCUAAUUACAGCUUGCGACGAACAUCAUUAUGGCCCUGGGUGUAUCUACAAUUGCUCAUCAAUGUGUGAGAAUUCAACGUGUGAUAAAACAAAUGGUGUCUCUGGUACCUGCAUAUCAGGAUAUCAAGAUGAUUAUUGUAACUCAACAUGCGACGAGCAUCAUUACGGACCUGGUUGUAGAAACAAUUGCUCUGCGGACUGCCUGAGUUCUAGAUGUAAUCACACCAGUGGUCAUUGCUUAACGUGUAUUCCUGGGAGAGUUGGUCCAUUCUGUGAACAGGCCUGUAAUACCUCGUUCUACGGUCAGAACUGUACACAGAAAUGUAGUACAAAUUGUACAGACUCAAAGUGUAACAACACUGAUGGAAAAUGCCAUGAAUGUAUUCCUGGAACAAGCGGAGACUUUUGUCAUUUAGGCAGCUUACAGAUGACUUAA